UGUCAGAGGAAGAGAAGAACGAGGAAGAGGGUGAGAGAGUGAGCAGUGGAGAGGAGAGGAGAGAGAAAGAGAGCGAGGGGCCGGCGCCCAUCCUGAUCCAGCCAGCAUGACCUCAAACAACUCGCAGAAGCUCUCGACGACGGAACGAGUGAUCAAAAAUGUACUCUUUCCACCGUCGCAGAAGCUGACAGUGGCAGAGGUCUUUGAUUCGACAACGGAUCGGCCAAGACCCGAAAUCCUAAAACAACAUUUUACUCUCGAAGGUAGAAUCGACGAAGCUGCCGCACUUCGUAUAGUCAAUGAUGGCGCAGCCAUUUUACGCUCAGAAAAGACCAUGAUCGAUAUCGAAGCACCGGUAACCGUAUGCGGAGAUAUUCACGGACAGUUUUACGAUCUGAUGAAAUUAUUCGAGGUGGGUGGACCACCCUCCUCGACGAAGUACCUCUUCCUUGGAGACUACGUCGACAGGGGUUAUUUUAGUAUCGAGUGCGUAUUGUACCUUUGGGCACUGAAACUGUGCCAUCCCACGACACUAUUCCUCCUCAGAGGUAACCAUGAGUGUCGUCAUCUCACGGAAUACUUCACAUUUAAACAAGAAUGUAAAAUAAAGUAUUCAGAAAGGGUGUACGAUGCGUGUAUGGAUGCUUUUGAUUGUUUACCAUUAGCAGCGCUUAUGAACCAGCAGUUCCUCUGUGUACACGGCGGAUUAUCACCGGAAAUUCACAAUUUGGAUGACAUACGUAAAUUGGACAGGUUCAAAGAACCACCAGCGUUUGGUCCAAUGUGUGAUCUGUUAUGGUCAGAUCCAUUAGAAGACUUUGGCAACGAGAAGAAUGCGGAGCACUUCUCUCACAAUAGCGUCAGAGGUUGUUCAUACUUUUACAGUUACGCGGCGUGCUGCGAUUUUCUGCAGACCAAUAAUUUGCUGAGCAUCAUAAGAGCGCAUGAAGCACAGGACGCGGGUUAUCGUAUGUAUCGAAAAUCUCAAACGACGGGCUUCCCAUCGCUUAUCACCAUCUUUAGUGCGCCUAAUUACCUCGACGUUUACAACAAUAAGGCAGCAGUAUUGAAAUACGAGAAUAACGUAAUGAAUAUCAGGCAAUUCAACUGUUCGCCACAUCCAUAUUGGUUACCUAACUUUAUGGAUGUUUUUACAUGGUCUUUACCAUUUGUUGGUGAAAAAGUCACAGAGAUGCUGGUGAACGUGCUGAACAUUUGCUCGGACGACGAAUUGAUGAGCGACGGGGAUGAUGGCCUCGAGGAAGAUGUCGCAGCCAAAGUCGUUGUCCAAAAAAAAAAUGGUGCAGCAGCAAAUCUACGCAAGGAAGUAAUAAGAAACAAGAUCAGAGCCAUCGGCAAAAUGGCGCGUGUCUUCUCCGUCCUAAGGGAGGAGAGCGAAAGCGUGCUACAAUUGAAGGGUCUCACACCCACUGGAGCCCUACCACUUGGUGCAUUGUCUGGGGGAAAGACAUCCUUAAAAAAUGCACUCCAAGGAUUUUCACCGAAUCACAAAAUCACCUCAUUCGCCGAAGCAAAGGGGUUAGAUGCUAUAAACGAAAGAAUGCCACCGAGGAAGGACGCCCCACCGACUCCCGUGAACGAGGAAAAACCGGUGAUAAAACCGUCGACUCCUGUAGGAGACAAGCGAGACCAAAGCACACCGCAACCGCAAUCGUGAGCCACACACACGUCCAAUCAAGACGGCGAGGAUGGACUGUAAGUCCCAAAUGCUGUCAUCGCCGCCUCCGAAUAAGAUACAAACAAGCAUUGUUCGUCUCUCCCACACGACUUUUAUCACUGGUACGCCAUUCAACGAGUGCGGAAGUCGUCACAGACGCGAGGAGGAAAAGGAGAAAAGAAAGGUGGGAAAGGAGGAUUAGGAGGAGGAAGAAGAGGAGGGGCAGGGGGAGGAGGGGGUUGAACAAGUUCGAAAAACAAAAAGUGGAACAUGGGAAUUGAAUUGUCAUCGCCGUCGUAUGAAGAAGAAAGUAAAUGUACAA